AGCGCGGGCAAAGCCCGGAGCAGCCCCUCGGCGCAGGGAGCAGGAGCAAUGGGGGGGACGUGCCAGGGCAGCUUGUCCCCCAGGCCAGCCGUGACAGAGAUGACACCCAGCAGCCAGGACCCGUCCCCAGCGCAGGAUGGCGGAGCUGCCCCGAGCCCUGCGGCUGGAGCCCUGAAGUCCAUCAUGAAGAAGCGGGAUGGCCCCCCCCGGAGCGAGGCCGAGGGCAGCAAGAAGAGCCUGCAGUUUGUGGGCGUGCUGAAUGGGGAGUAUGAGAGCACAUCCAGCGAGGAGGAAGAGGAGGAGGAGGAAGGAGACAGCUCCUCCGAGAAGGCUUCGGCUGACAGCUCCGACAGCGAGGAGCAGGGGGACACCGAAACCUCGGAUGAGGAAGCUGGGGAAGGCGAGUGUGAGCCAGGACAGGAGUGCGAGGGGGCCAACGUGACCCUGCCAGAGCCCCCUGAAGUGAAGGAGAAGUUUGAGCUGAGCCCCAGGAUGCGGGAGGCCUGUCUUAUCGUCAAGACUCACCUGGGCCACCCUGGUGCCACCAAGAGCAAAGAGGUGCUCGCCAGCAGCAGCCUGGUCCUACAGGAGUGGUUCCGUCUGUCCAGCCAGAAGUCGUCCAUCCCUGACACGGUCGCCAACCACCUCCUGGCCUUUGCCGAGGUCUCGCCGGCUCUCCUGGCCCACGUGGUGAACCUGGCAGAUGGGAACGGCAACACAGCCUUGCACUACAGCGUUUCCCACUCCAACUUCCACAUCGUGCAGCUGCUGCUGGACACAGGGGUCUGUAACGUGGACCAUCAGAACAAAGCUGGCUACACGGCUCUCAUGCUGGCAGCGCUGGCAGCCGUUGAGCAGGAGGACGACAUGAAUGUGGUCAGGAGGCUCUUCAGCAUGGGCAACGUCAAUGCCAAGGCCAGCCAGGACGGUAACAACGCCGUAGCCAUCGCGCUGGAGGCCGGCCACAGCAACAUCGCCGUGCUCCUCUACGCCCACCUCAAUGGCACGAAGGCGCAGCUGCCGGUGAGUGGCCCUGUGAGGGGGAACAGGGCUGUGACACAGACAGUGAUCCCCAGGAAGGGGCUGCAGGGGGGAGAGCUGAGCAUCCCAG